UCAGUGGUAUACAUGUAAAAUCCUUCCACUUAAAACUACUUAGCUCCCCUUCAGCCCAUGCAUUCCGCCACUUAGCUCCCCUUUCUCCUGUACAACAACCAAUCGGCCAAAAUCCCUUUCUCCAAGCCCUAACCGUAACCCUAAUCCAUGGCGAAGCUAUCCACAACGCGAAACUUCGGCACUUACGGCCCGCCCACGACCCGAAACAACUGUGAAUACAUCAACGCCGGAAUCUACAUCGCCGCCACCGUCCUUCUCCUCGCCGGCUUCGUCGUGCAGCUUUUUCCGGCUGGGAUCGACGGCAGAUCUGGUCUCACCAUCAUCAUCAUUGGAUUGAUUCUGAUCGCGACCGUCAACGCUCAUGAUCUCAUUGCUCAUUUGAUCAGCAUUGAUUUCUCCUUCCCGUUGAUUGAAUUCGACCCUCGGUUGGCUUUUGUGGAGGUUUCUGUUCCUCUGUGGCACAUCAUCGGCGAUGCUCUUACUGCAGCUGCCAUUCUUUUUAUGGUUCAGGAGAGAGAGGGCUACUAUUGGAUAUUGGUGAUAGCCGGACCGAUUUUUUGGCUGUUGGGUUCGGUUCAAAAUUUGAAACAGGUUUACGAGCGGUCCAGCGGUCUACUCCUGAUUCUGCAGAAUGGCGUUCAGAUUCCAUUUCUGAUGGGCAGUCUCCUGUUUUUGUUGGGAGGGAUUUUCAGUAGAUGUGAAAUAUAUGAUUCCUUCAAGCUUGUGGGCAGGAGCUGGGCCUGGUUGGGCCUAUUUGGGAGCCUCUUAUUUCUAGUUGGAGGCCUAAUGAAUGUACUAAAAGUGUUCAAAAUGCAUCAAAUGGAUAUUGGCAGACUAGAGAGCCUUAGAGGGGGUGCCCAUGAACGGCGCAUGCGAGAGAGGGUGGGUUGGUUGUCCUUACUCUAUGAGGGUGCCCUUGAUUGGCUCAUGGGAGAGAGGGUGGGUUGGUGGGCCUUAUUCUUCGAGGGUAUUGAACGGCCACGCAGGAGAUACAAUGCCAACUUUCUUCGCUCCGUUGACAAUACAGAUACGUACCAAUGGUGUCGGGACGAUGGUGAGGCGGACGCUUUACAAUGACAUGAUUGUCAGUGGUGAAGGUGGAGCUUGGAGCUUUUGAUUUAGCUUUGGAAUAUGAUUUUUUUCUUUUUUUUUAGUUGCCUUUAUUGUUUAAUGCUAUUAUAUAGACGUUUAGUUGGGGUUAAAGAUAUAUGUUUAGUUAUUAUCAUGACAAAGUGGUCGGUGAAUGCUGUAGGGUUUGUUUGGAGAUAAUUUGUAUAU